UGCUCUCAAAAGACUGCAAUGCUUACUUUUCUUUCUCAUUCUUCUUUUUUCUUUUCUUGCCCUCCUGCAUUAUAUUAAUUCCGCAAACCAAAAAAGAAGUUUGGAAAUUCCUACUGUUACUAUUGAAAAGGCUAUAAGUUCCCUUUCUCCCCGUUGAUAUCGCUCAUCACUCAUUCCUAUACUCUGAUUGUUAAGCUCUUAUUUUCCUUGUCCACCUUCCGCAAUUACCGCAGAAAAGAGUUUCGAGGAGGAAGAAAGCUAGCGACUGUGAACUGAGUUCUUGAUUCUUGAAUAUAUAAAAGUAAUAUUUCAAAUUUCCAUUGCUACUUCAGAAUUGAACUUGACCCACGUCAAGAUUUAGUUAAAUGCCGUCUGGGUUGGUCUUGUUUUGUAGUCAAGUGUCACUGUAAAAUAUACAGAGACAGAUUAGAGUUAAUGAGUUCAAAACGGAUGCACCAUAAUACUCAUAUACGUACAUUGUUUUUUGGAUACGUAUACAUAGCUAGCUCGAGUGGAAGCUGUUGUUUCGGCUGCAAAUGGCUAUAUUGUCGAUCUGUUUGAUAGUGUAGAGUCAUUUACAUUUAUAUUGUCCUUCAUGGGUUGUGUGGCCUCGAAACAGACCGUGUCGGUAACCCCUGCAUGUGAUCAAUAUUCAGGGACUCUCAGAGAAAAUGACGACAGUGAUGCAUUGGUACCUGAAUUUGAUUUGAAGAGAGGGGAAUUAUCAGGACUAAGUGGAGUUGCGAGCAAGUUAAACGAGUCGGUCAAGGAAAAUUCUAAUGGUGAUCAAUCAGUGAGUUUGAUGAAGUAUGUGGAAGGAGAGCAAGUUGCUGCAGGUUGGCCUGUAUGGCUUAGUACUGUUGCAGCUGAAGCCAUUAAUGGCUGGCUGCCUCUUAAACCUGAGUCUUUUCAGAAAUUGGAUAAGAUAGGCCAGGGUACAUAUAGCAGCGUAUUCAGAGCACGCGAUCUGGAAAGUGGAAGGACAGUUGCACUGAAGAAAGUGCGAUUUGAUAACUUCGAGCCAGAAAGUGUUAGAUUUAUGGCAAGAGAAAUUUUGAUUCUUCGCAGGCUUGACCAUCCCAAUAUAAUGAAGUUAGAGGGAAUAAUUACCUCCAGAUUUUCUUCUAGCAUAUAUCUUGUGUUUGAGUACAUGGAACAUGAUAUUUCAGGACUCCUGUCCUGUCCUGAAGUCAAGUUCAGUGAAUCACAGGUUAAAUGCUUAAUGAAACAGUUGUUAUCUGGACUUGAGCAUUGUCAUUCUCGAGGUAUAAUGCAUCGGGAUAUCAAAGGUGCAAACCUUCUUGUAAAUAAUGAGGGAAUUCUGAAGGUUGCAGACUUUGGAUUGGCGAACUUCUCUGACCUUGGAACGAAGCAACCACUAACCAGUCGAGUUGUCACUUUAUGGUAUCGACCUCCAGAACUUUUGUUGGGAGCCACAGAUUAUGGAGCUUCUGUGGAUCUCUGGAGUGUUGGAUGUGUGUUUGCGGAAAUUCUUACUGGUAAACCUAUCCUUCAAGGGAGAACCGAGGUUGAACAGCUGCAUAAAGUUUUUAAACUUUGUGGAUCUCCACCAGAUGAUUACUGGAAGAGAUCUAAACUUCCUCACGCAACUAUAUUUAAACCACAACAUCCUUAUGAGAGCUGUCUUUGGAACACCUUUAAAGAUUUACCAAAAAGUGCAGUCUCACUCAUAGAAACUCUUCUUUCUGUGGAGCCACACAAACGUGGAACCGCUUCUUCUGCCCUUGCAUCUGAGUACUUCAAGACAAAGCCUCAUGCUUGUGAUCCUUCAAGCUUGCCAAAGUACCCACCAAGCAAAGAGAUAGAUGCCAAACAUCAUGAAGAUGCAAAAAGGAAGAAGCCAAGUGGAAGAGUCCGUGUACCUGAUCCAACAAGAAAGUUAACUAGAAAGCAGAAUGGCCUCCGUAAACUAGCACCAGAAGAGAAUUUGCCCAUCCAAAAUAAAGGUGCUCAUAUAAGUGACAGCAAUAAUGUAACUGCUCAAGAAGAAAGAGAUACAAUUACAAGUCUUGAGCGACCUAAGCCAUCAGUUGAUAUGAUGGUAAAGACUUUUCAUGUCAAGAAUGCAUCUCAAGGUGAUGUCCCCUUUUCAGGUCCACUUCAAAUUUCAGGAUCAAGUGGUUUUGCAUGGGCAAAAAGAAGGUUUGACGAUUCAUCAGUAAGAUCACGAAGGAGAACUAGUUCGAGAAGCCUUAUUUUUGAACCUUCAAUUACAUUGCAUGUGAAAAAUAACAUGGAGCCAAAAGGACAAGACAACUAUGAACUUAUUGAUGCAAAUCAGACCAAUUCUAUGGGCCAGGAUACCUAUAAAUCUACCGAGCAUGCAAUUCGUCAAAAUUGGAGCCAAUUAGAGCGCCCAGAUUCCUUUGAUGCUUCUGAUGGAUACCAUUCACAAGAACUGUCACUGACACAAUAUCUAAAAGAGGAAACUGCUAUCAAUUUGGUACAAGAUCAAGGGGAUAAAGUCGAAUUUUCUGGACCGUUGCUAUCUCAAACACAAACAUUUGAAGAGCUCCUUGAGAAACAUGAGUGUCAGAUCCGCCAGGCUGUUCGACAAUCAUGGUUCCAAAGAGGAUUAAAAGUUCACCAAAUGUUUGCAACAUAGAAAAUCAAAGAUCAAUUAUCUACCCCUGUAAAUUCAUAAGUUAGGCAAAAAAAGAAGGUGAUUGCUGCAGCGCUCUCAUUUCACAGGCUAUGCAAAAGCAAUCAGCCACAGGAAUUUUGAUAGUUGGUUUCAUAACCAAAUGGAUACAGAAAUGACUGCAACAGUUUGAAAGCUUGCUAGACUUGAAUUGAAGAAUGAAGGGAGGGAAUCAUUUGCUGUCUGAUAGGGAAAUCCUUACUCAAGCUCAAGAGAAAAAGGCAUGAACUCCAUCUUCAAUAUGGAGCUCUGUUGCUCCAGAUAUGCAAGCUCAUUUUUUUAUUUUUCAACGGCCAAUACACACACACACACAUUGUUCUUCACUACUGCCUCUUAAUAUCUUCUCCACUCUUUCAUCGUGAGUGUUUUUCUUCAGCAAUGUAUAAUAGUUGUACUUAUAUAUGUACAACAACAACAAACCCAACGUAAUCCCACAAGUGAGGUAUGCAGACCUUGUAAAAGUAGAGGGGUUGUUUUCCGAAGACCCUCGGCUCAAUAAAAGUAAAAUUAC